CAAGCGAGGCUCAAGCUCGACCGACCGGAUCUGACCGGUCACCGACGGUCUCCGACGGUAUCCGACGGUAUCCGACUGGAUCGGAGAGGCCCGGCCCGAGCACUCGCGCCUCCCGUGCCAUGCCGAAGCCAACGGUGGGAAAAAGGAAAGCGACGACUGGUGCAGCCAACCGCGGCAAGAAGAAGGGCCAGGGUGCAUUGCGACCAGGCUCUGCCUUGAAGCACUCCAAUGCCUCAUCCAAGCCGGGAAGAACCACACCCAAGGGGGAAACGCGUGUCCGCAAAGCGGGCUCCCACAUGCGCAGCGAGAGCACCAUUAAGCGGCUUCAGCUCUACAACUCCAAGCCAGACAGGCAGCGAAUGAAGGAGCAGUCGUUGAAGCCGGUGCGCAUCCAGCCGGACCGGCGCUGGUUUGGCAAUACCCGCGUCAUUGCGCAGCAGAAGAUGCAGGCCUUCAGGGAGACCAUCGCUAAAGGGGUGGAGGAUCCUUUCUCUGUGGUACUCAAGAGCUCGAAACUGCCCAUGUCCCUGCUCCGCGAAACCGAGAAAGCCUCCCGGAUGGAUCUCCUUUCCGUGGCUCCGUACAAGGAGGUCUUCAGCAAGAAGCGCCAGCAGAAGCGAGCCAAAAUCGCUGCGACGGACCUGGAAAGCCUACGAGAGGCUGCGGACAAAAAAGCGGAGGGCUACGGCACAGACGCGGCGGCCCUGGUGGAUGCCGCAGGCAUGGAGAAGACCGAGGACUUCUCGGGCCACGCCGGAGAGGAGAUCUUCAACAAGGGCACGUCGCGAAGAAUCUGGGCAGAGCUCUACAAGGUGGUGGAUGCGUCAGACGUGUUGGUCUUUGUGCUUGACGCGCGCGAUCCCAUGGGAACCCGCUGUCAGCAGCUGGAGCGCGAGCUGCGCAGCCGACAGAAGCACGUGGUGCUGUUGGUGAACAAAGUCGACUUGGUGCCGACCUGGGCCACCAGGCGAUGGAUCCAGGAGCUCAUGAAAGAGUUCCCCACCUUGGCGUUCCAUGCCUCGAUCACCAAUCCUUUUGGAAAGAACUCCUUGCUGAACUUGCUGCGCCAGUUUGGGAAUCUUCUCAAGGAGAAGAAACACGUGACCAUUGGCAUGAUUGGCUACCCCAACGUGGGUAAGUCAUCGGUGAUCAAUACAUUGAAGAGGAAAAAGGUAUGCAAGGCAGCACCGGUUCCUGGAGAGACUCGAGUGUGGCAGUACAUUGCUCUCACAAAGAGACUUUACUUGCUCGACUGUCCGGGUAUCGUGCCCCCCUCUGCAAGCGACUUCGAAGCCGACUGCGCCAAAGUCCUGAAAGGAGUCGUACGAGCAGAGCGCUUGAAGACUCCCUCUGACUACAUCCACGAGGUGCUCUCGCGAGUCAAGAAGCCAUAUCUGCUGCAACGAUACCGUCUCUCACCUGAGACGUCUUGGAAGGAUAGCGAGGAGUUCCUGACUAUCCUAGGGAAGAAGAUGGGCAAGCUCGUCAAAGGUGGAGAAGCAGAUAUCGACACUGCGGCGCGUAUUGUGCUUUAUGACUGGCAGCGUGGGAGGAUACCGUACUUCACGGCGCCCCCAGAGGAUGACCCGGCCAGUUCGGACGCGAAGCCGGAAGGAGAGAUGGCGAUUUGUCUCAGAUCCCCUGCGUUCACGUCUUUGAUGAGGAGGACCGCCGUGGUGAAGCAUCCGAGCUGUUGCAGAGUUUGGCCUUUGAGUGAAAUCCGCAUCUGUUUCACAGUCUCACGGCUGCCCACCAUUAGCCAGCCGAGUUCAAUAUUUCGCGCUUCGCAACUGCGCAAGUC